UGUCGAGAACCCGUUCUGUCUGUCCCGCCAGCAUCAGAUCUUGUCACUCUUUCAACCGCAUUGUGUACUUCCGUUUCCCGAACCCGCCUGAACCUGAUAUUGAGCAGACAUUUGCCACUUACCACCUUACUCAGAAUCAUGACUGCCAACGAGACCGAACCCAUGCGCUUCCCACACGCCUUUCUCUAUCGUUCCCUGGAAAAGAACCAAAAUGCCCAGAGAUUCCUUCGACGAGGCGGCAAAGAGCUCACCGAGCUGGCUUGCGCGACCGGGGACAGUCGGCAGUGCGUGAUUUGGUUUGGUGAGUACCACUCGGAAAACCGGAUCUGUGCGCUGCUGGAGAAAAUAUCCGAUGCUGCCUUGCAACUACAGAGCACAACGAGUACAACUUCUGCGUCUGCGAAACUGCAAGUCGUCCUGGAGCACUUCAGCCAUGACAUGCAAGGGCCCGUUGUGGACGCGUAUUUUCGAGACGGAAAAUUCACCGACUUCGCCGACUUCAAGGCGGCCUACAAGGAGAUUGGCACCGAGGGGCACGACCUGGACCCCUAUGAGAAACUGUUUGAGUCGUGGCGCCGAAAUGCAGAUCGGGUAAAAAUCGUCGGCGGCUUCAUACCUCGCCCGCUUGCCGCCGCUUUUUGCCCCCUGGAAGCAGCGGCAGAUAGAAAAGCACACGUACAGGAAUUGUGUGACAAGGGGUAUUUACCGCCCUGGGAAAGUUUGCUAGAAGUUGAAAAGUAUCUUGGGCCACCGGACGAGGAUUUCCGGGCCUUUCUCCCGCCAACCGAGUCCGCCGCUGACGGCGAAAGUCUCCUCGAGAAAACCGGUUUUCCCUUCAGCAGCGUUGGUUAUUUCCGCUUAUUCGAGUCCUUGAUGAGCGGACGGGAUGUGUACUCGGCGGAGUCGAGACACGAACCUGGCGAGCUUUUCUCCAUGUGCAAUCCGGCUUUGUUGCGGAUGUUCGGUGCGCAGUGCUUGAAAGACUGGAGCAUGGCGUGGCGGGUGUUCCAACAGACGAAAGAUAAUGGCAAAACUACAGAACAAGCCCCAGAUACAGAUUCAUCGAUAACCACAACAUUGGUUGUAGCGGGCAAGGCGCAUCUGCAUCACUACUUGGGUGUUCCGCACUGCCAUCGACUUCUGGAAAGAGCGAAUGCACAGAAGGCGACUGAACAAGACGAUCAACAGCAUCUUCUGGAAGAACGCUCGUCGCAGGAGUUGUUAAUUCUGUCACAAAUGACCUAUGAAUGCGAUCUGGACGAGCCGGAGGACAAGGCCAGCUAUGCGGUCACGAAGGCAAAAAUUUUGGAAACGUGCAGGGAUUGCAUGCUUCUGGAAACAGAUGAAGCUGCAAAUAACGAGAAAAGGUUCUUCCCAUUUAAGAGCCCGUACGCCGACGUGCUGUACGUUUACGACGAGGACGACGAAAGCAAUAUUCAGAUCAACGAAGAGCAAGAGGACGAGACUGUCGUGCCCGAGAAGGAGGAGACUCGCACGGCGUACGAGCGGGUCGGCGCCACGGCGCACCACGAGGGGAAUCUCUUGCGCGCACAAAAGUGGCUCACCGCGCUGGGGUACACUUUGGAAGAGCAGGAAGCGAUCGGGAAGCAGAACCUCUACAACUUCCAGGGCGUGGGCAAUCCGUUUCUUGGGGCAAAGAUCUGCGCCGGGGAAAAAGUCCUGGAACUCGGGUGCGGUCUCGGCGUUGACGCGUUCCUCGCGGCGUCGAAAACGGGGGAAGACGGGACAGUCCUUGCCGUCGACUUCUCGCGCAAGGAGCUCGACCACGCCAAGCAGCGCGCGGAACGGGAAGGCAGGGGCAACAUAGGCUUCGUUUGUGCCGAUAUUGAGCGCUUACCCUUUGUUGAGGAGGCGAACAACAAGCCGGAGAAUGGGAUGGCCGAGUCGGCAUUCGACGUCUGUAUCUCGAAUGGCGCUUUUUGCUUGAUUCCGAACAAGGUGCGCGCGUUUUCGCAGGUGUAUCGUGCGCUGAAGAAGGGCGGACGCAUGGCCAUUUGCACAACAACGAUGCGGGAAGCGCUCCCCGGGACAUCAAGCGCUGCAAAUCAAGCAAAGGAAAGAUGUCCGGUUUCUGGCGCAGGCGCUCCUGCAGAAAACGACAGCAAAGUAGAAGGCAGCCCUGUAGAAUUCCCGAUCUGCAUGCGGAUGUUUGCCCGGCUCCCAGAGCUGGAACCCAUGCUGCGAAAAAUCGGCUUCUCGAACAUCGUCAUCAACGAAGUCGAGAUUUUUGGCGAAGAGGGCCUCGACGCGCUGACAGACGACACACUCACCCCGGAUCAGGCCGCGCGCUUUAAGAUCCAUGGGGGAGCUGUGCGGCCAGAAUAUCAGCAUUUAGAAAACAUGGACGUAGAUGAAAUGUGUGCCUCAGUUCUGAUUUAUGCAGAGAAAACUUGA